CUAUUCCCAUCAUGGCAAGCGCAGUUGCAAAAAUUUCUCGCUCUGUUCUAAAAAAAUCAGCAGAUCACGUCAAUAAACCAAGCUCAAAAGUUCUCAAGCUGCAAUCCCGGCAAUAUGGAACAGAUAAAAGAAUUGUUGUGGACAAGCCAGUGGUUGAAAUGGAUGGUGAUGAAAUGACUCGUGUGAUAUGGGAAAAAAUUAAAGACAAGCUCAUAUUUCCAUACUUGAAACUUGAAUGCCUCUACUAUGACCUGGGCUUACCGUAUCGAGAUCAAACCAAUGACCAAGUAACUUUAGAUGCAGCUAUGGCUAUUAAAAAACACCAUGUGGGUAUAAAAUGUGCAACUAUUACUCCAGAUGAAGCUAGAGUAAAAGAAUUUAAUUUGAAGAAAAUGUGGCCAAGUCCUAAUGGAACUGUCAGAAAUAUUCUGGGUGGAACAGUCUUUCGAGAACCUAUCAUUUGCAAAUCAAUUCCUCGCUUAGUACCUGGUUGGUCAAAAGCUAUUGUUAUUGGAAGACAUGCUCAUGGAGAUCAGUAUAAAUGCACAGAUUUGGUGAUUGAGAAGCCUGGUAAAGUAGAGAUCUUAUACACACCUCAUGAUGGCAGUGAAGCAAGGAAGGUUGAAGUAUAUAACUUUCAACAAACUGGAGGUGUCACUAUGGCAAUGUAUAACACUGAUGAUUCCAUCAAAGGUUUUGCCAAGAGUUGUUUUGAAUAUUCAGUCAUAAAGAAAUGGCCAUUGUACUUGAGCACUAAAAAUACUAUUUUAAAAAGCUAUGACGGAAGGUUCAAAGAUAUUUUUCAAGAAAUAUAUGACAGGGACUACAAGAGUAAAUUUGAGAGUCUUGGCAUUUGGUAUGAACAUAGACUGAUUGAUGACAUGGUUGCUCAAGCUUUGAAAUCAUCUGGAGGCUUUGUUUGGGCUUGCAAGAAUUAUGAUGGGGAUGUACAAUCUGAUGUUGUUGCACAAGGUUAUGGAUCUCUUGGCUUAAUGACAAGUGUCCUGGUUUGUCCUGACGGUAAAACAAUAGAAUCUGAAGCAGCUCACGGCACUGUUACAAGGCAUUAUAGAGAACAUCAAAAAGGCAAAUCGACCAGCACCAAUCCCAUUGCAAGUAUUUUCGCAUGGACUCGGGGCUUAGAACACAGGGCAAAAUUAGACUCAAAUCAAGAUCUGAAAAAGUUUUGUAAAACAUUGGAGAAGGCAUGUGUUGACACAGUUGAUUCCGGCAAAAUGACCAAAGAUUUGGCUGGAUGUAUUCAUGGUCUUAAAAAUGUAAAGGAAUCUGAUUACUUACAUACCAUGGACUUCUUAGAAGCCAUUGCUCAAGAACUGGAGAAACAACUCAAGUUAUGAAGAUUUAACUAUAAAGUCUGAUACUAUUCAAUUUCAAAUGUGAAAUGAUAAAUGGAACUAGGUUGCACGGUAAAUUUAAGGAGUUAAAGCACUGCUAGAAAUCAAUAUCAAGCAUUUGUAAUAUGCAUGUGGAAUCAUUUCCAGAUGUGUUCCCCAUCUUCCAAGAAUCAGUAUUUCUGUAAGAAUGAAUUACUAUAAUAUGCAAAGUAAAUGCAAUAUUAUUACUUUUUAAUUAAACACGGUUUAUAUGCUAAACUUAAAUCAUUUAGAUAUUUCAUUCAAUCAUGUCUAAAUUUUGAGAUUUUCAUUACAGUUUAGGAUAGAUAUUCAUCAAGGAACCAUACAUUUGCUUGGACCGAUUUAAAGUAAUUGUAAAGCAGUUCAUCAAAUUUUUAUGAUAAAUCACACAUACACUUAAGUUUUGCUUUUUUAUGACAUUAUUCUUUGAAUUAUGCGCAAAAAGACAAAAUGUAGAGUGUAGAUGCUUUAAUGACUUCAAUGCUCAUGUAUUUUAAUAUUUUAGGUUUUAUUUGUAAAUAUAUAUGUAUAAUUGGUUCAGAGAAUAAUUAAAAAUAAUUUAUUUUUUAAUUCUUGGACGAAGAUUGAACACAGAUUGUCCGUAACAGUGGACAGUGUGAUACAUUUAUUUAUUUUUUUGGCAGUGUGGUCAUAUUUUCCAUUAAUGUUAUGCAUUUAAUUUAUUAUUUGAAACUAAAUUCCUGUAAAAAUUUGUUUUCUAUGGCUCUAUUUUGAUACAAUAUUGUAAUAAAACAUUUUCACUUAAA